GGCUAAAAUCCCAAAACAGACCUCUAACUGUCAAAUUGAAUGCACAGUUUUGUUAACAAACUUCUGAAUCGUAGCUAAAAACAGUUUUGGCGUCAAGAAAAUAAUUUCAAGAGUCGGCUGAUGGCCAUUAAAGCGAAGGCAGUCAGUCUAUCCAACCUGAAAUCACGGCAUUUCGAGAAAAUUUAGGCUGCACCCAUUUUCGUAGAGGAAGCCCUAACAGCUUUUGACACCUUCAACUUCAUUUCUGUUAUAAUUUAUUCCUGUAAUUAAAGACCAGCUGGCAUUCUUCUUUUCUUUAAAUUAGCUUUCUCUGGACAUUUAAAUCUUUACCCAAUUGGAGGAGUGUUCGUUUUGUUUUUUCAUCUGACUGGAUCAGUCAGGAGCACCUGAUGGAUAUGAUUUGGUUGAGCCAUUUAUGAGGGACGAUCCAGAAAAUUUGAGAGAAACUAAAACAUCUGCAAUGUCUGAUAUUAUGUGGAGAUCAAGGAGCAGUGAGGUUAUCUUACUGUGUGUUGCAUUAAUAUCACUCGCUUGUGUCAUUCUCUCCUACACGACAAAGCCAAAUCAGCUGAUUAAAUGGCUUCCGGCGAAAAGCCUUUCUGUUGGAAAUUCAUCGACCAAAUGUACCGACCUGAUCAAAGAACCUCCACAGCUGGAUACAAUUUUGCAAAGGGCUGACAUGGGUAAUAAGACAGUGAUAAUAACCACAUUGAAUCAGGCUUGGGCAACACCAAAUUCCAUGAUAGAUCUUUUCUUGGAGACCUUUCACACUGGGGAAGAAACUAGCAGGUUGUUGAAUCAUCUGGUUAUAGUUGCUCUGGAUCAGAAGGCUUAUAAUCGGUGCAUAUCCAUCCAUCCUCACUGCUUCAUCCUCAAGACUGAGGGUAUUGACUUUUCCGGGGAGAAGCUUUUUAUGACUGAUGAUUACUUGAAGAUGAUGUGGAGAAGAAUUGAUUUCCUCAGAACUGUGCUUGAAAUGGGAUAUAGCUUCAUUUUCACGGAUGCAGAUAUAAUGUGGUUGAGAAAUCCUUUCGACCAUUUUAAAACAGAUGCAGAUUUCCAAAUUGCUUGUGAUCGUUAUAAUGGCAAGCCCACAGAUUUGAAGAACACUGCAAAUGGAGGAUUCAACUAUGUAAGAUCUAAUAAUCGGACAAUACAAUUCUAUAGAUAUUGGUACUCCUCACAUGAGUUUUAUCCAGGAAAGCACGACCAAGAUGUGCUAAAUUCUAUCAAGCACAAUAAGGAGAUCAGGAGAAUAGGAUUGUCAAUGAGAUUCUUGGAUACAAGAUAUUUUGGCGGCUUUUGUGAACCACGCAAGGAUUUUACGAAGAUUUGCACCAUGCAUGCCAACUGUUGUAUUGGAUUGAGCAACAAGCUUCAUGAUUUAAGAAUAAUGCUCGCAGAUUGGAGAAAUUUUCAGUCUUUGACUGUUCAAGAGAGAUUGGCCCAAAAACCAUUGUGGAGAACUCCAAUGCAAUGCAAGAUUUAAUGCAACAGUGAAAUCGAUUCCAUGAAGAGAAAAUGAGUAUUUUAGAAUGCUUGUAAGAUAGACUUUUCUCUUGUAUUUUUUUCCUUUUAUUAUGGUGUUUUUUAAUAUGACUAGGAACGUUUAGGAAAGGCAAGGCGUUGUAUAUCUUGUAUGUAAAAUGUUAUGUAUUUCAUAACUGAAUAACUUUUUUUUGUUAGGAGAUGUUAUAUAUGAUACGUGUAUUUAAUGUGGGUGUUUAAUUGUGGUAGUAUUAGUACAUAAUCAAUUUUUAUUCA